AUGUUACUAACUUUUACGCCAAUUUUCAAUUCUAGAUCCGCCCGUAACACGCUGAUAGUCAGCAUACUUUUGUGGACGAUCAUCGUUCUGGUGAACAUCCCGAUUUUAAGCAUCAACGGAAUUUACGAGUACCAGUUCAUGAUGGAAAGUCGCAGUAGCUGCACGUACGUGGCCCACGCGAACCGAACAGCUAAUCAGAGCAACGUCCGUCUGGUCUAUCUGUCGUUCAACGUUUUCGGCUACAUUCUGCCCUUCGCUAUCACCUGUCUCCUGUAUUAUGUGAUGAUUCGGCGUCUAGCGACAGCACAUCGCAAUUGCCACAGCUCAAUCCGUGCCUCUAAGGACAACCGCAUGAAGCAGAAGGUGACCCGUACAGUAACCGCCGUGAUUGUCACGUUCGCCGUCUGCUGGUUGCCACUGAACAUUUGCUUCUGUCUUAUAUUCGCUCAGACAUUGGCGUACGCAAACAGCUGCUUGAACCCAAUUCUCUACGGUUUCCUAUCAGAACCGUUCCGCAAAGGAUUCUUCAACAUAGGAGCCUUCGUUUUCUGCCUGAAGAGGGGAACCAGAAAUGUUCGUUAUGAAUUGGCAAGAGAAUUUAGGUCAGGCUCGAAAUCAUACAGUUUGUGUGCAGUGGCUGCUUCUAUUGUUUCUGUUGUAUGUUUAAUAAAUACAGGUUUCUUUAUUAUUCAUCUGCUGUACAACAGAUAUGAACAAUGUUUUCUUUAG